AACCCCAAAAUAAGUUGCUUUCAAAAUGUAUUUAUUUUGUAAAUAAAUAAGAAUAAGGAAAAAUAAUAAAAAAAAAACAAUCUUUAAAAGCGACAUAUACAGAAAAAUGAGUAACUCUUUUCAAACGUGAAACAAGCACUAAUAAAAAAUGAGUGUUUCCUUACUAAAGAAGCCUCAAAUGCACUUUGGGGCAAUUACAUUUUUUGCAAAGCAACAUAAAGACGAUGUUUGUGGUAGCAACGGCUUGCCUCUAACCCCCAAUUCGAUAAUUAUCUAUGGCAGAGCACAAAUUUUAAAGACUAUAGUGAAUCCAUACUUGUGUCGAUACCUUGAUAUAAUUAGAGGAAAACAUGAGAGAACUAUAGCUGUAUCUCAGUAUUGUGGCAAACCUUUGUCAUCAUUUAUAGAAAAAUCUGUAUUUAGUUUUACUGAUAUUAAAAGAAUAGCAUAUCAGGUGUUACAAGGUUUGAAGGAGUUACAUAGUAGAAAUAUUGUUCAUCAUAAUUUGAGUAGUGAAAAUAUUCUUUAUGAAAAUGGAAAUAUUAAAUUAUUCAACUACGGUCUUUAUUAUAUGACAGAUAAUGGAAAGUUGGUGUCUUUUCCCAUAGUACAGUUGUUGUAUACAGCACCGGAAGUAUACCUUGAAGAAUUUAAGGAAAUUAUAGCGAAUCCUAAAGUGGAUAUAUGGUCUCUUGGUAUAAUUCUGGCAGAGCUAACACUAAAUAAAUUGCUCUGGAGUUCUCUGAUACUUGGUCAACGUAUAAGAAAGGUUCUGAGCUUGGUCCAGUCAACCACUUCAGUGUUUGAAAGGAUUGCAAGAGAACAUAAUUGUUAUGAUCGAUAUCAGGCGAUACCAGCAGAUCUGAAAGAAAUAAUUGAGGUGUGUUUGAAUAUUUAUUCGGAAGAUAGGCCGACAGCUGCGGAAUUGUUGGAAAAAGGGAUAUUCGAUGAGUUUCAGGUCCAAAAGACAGAUUGGCUAUCACUUUUAAAGAUGUAUGAGAUUUUUACGAUCAGUGAAUUAUAUUAUUGGUGGCAGUUGACAGGAGGCGAUGUAUUGCAAGAGUUAAAGAGGCAAGGUUUGAUUCGGUCUAGUCCACCAAUACUUUCAUUACCCCAUUUGGUAUUGAUAGAAGGUACCAUUCUUGGUCAAGAUCGUAACCCAGCCACCCUGUAUGACCCCAAAAUAGUUGAAAUGCCCAUGGAAACACUUUAUGAGAGGUUCAAGAAUAUUUCAUUUUCUUGCUACUAUCCGUUGAUACAAACGAAGUCGGAGAUCAUAGCUCAGAGCGAACCAGAACCUUACGAUGCUACAGGGUUGCCACUUGUUAUCAAGGAGAAAGAUCCCGAAUAUCAGUUUCACAGGGUGAUACUGUUAAGGAGAUUGUUGCAUGGCUAUCCAUUUACGAGAGAUCUCAUUGUAAAAGAAGCAGAAAAAGAUAUACCGCCAUUGUUUAGAGGGGACAUAUGGUCAGCAUUGUUAAAUGUUAGAGGCGAUUAUGAAAGACAGUACGCAAAAAUUGAUAAAGCAACCCCAACGCCAACAGAUCGACAAAUUGAAGUAGAUAUCCCCAGAUGUCAUCAAUAUAAUGAAUUGUUGUCAUCCAUGGAAGGCCAUAAAAAGCUCAAAAGGAUAUUAAAAGCAUGGGUCAAUCAGAAUACUCAAUAUGUUUAUUGGCAGGGACUGGAUUCUCUGACUGCCCCUUUUCUGUAUCUCAAUUUCAAUGAUGAAGCUAAAGCGUUUUCGUGUCUAUCGAAGUUCGUUCCCAAGUAUCUCCACAAUUUUUUUCUAAAAGAUAAUUCUGCUGUGAUCGAAGAAUACCUGGCGAAAUUCUCACAACUCAUUGCCUUUCACGAUCCUGUAUUAGCCAAUCAUCUCUACGAGAUCAAUUUUUAUCCUCAGUUAUUUGCCAUCCCUUGGUUUCUGACAUUGUUUUCUCACGUUUUUCCUCUACACAAAAUCCUCCAUCUGUGGGAUAAAGUCCUCCUAGGGAACUCGUCGUUUUCACUACACAUUGGUUUGUCUGUUCUCACACAACUGAGAGAUAGACUUUUAAACUCAGGAUUCAACGAGUGUAUUCUUCUGUUCUCUGAUUUGCCGGAGGUUGAUAUCGAGAAGUGUGUUAUAUUAUCAGCUGAAACAUUCCAAAAGACGCCGGGCAGUAUAACGCACAGGGAGUACGAAAACGAGGAGUUUAAAAAAACUGGAGAGUUGGAUAUAUCAGGGGUUACCUUGCAAGAUCUAAAAAAGGAAAGAUGUCCACGUAUAAGUGUCAGUGAUCUAUUGGAGUUAAUAAGAAAUUCACCGGACAAAGCUAUCGUGGUAGAUAUAAGGAAUAUUACACAGUUCAAUAGGUGUAGUGUGAGAGACAGUAUCAAUAUUCCGUUUUCAAGUGUAUGUUUCAGUGAAAACAAAAUAGAAAAUGUCGGACAUCAUAGCAAUGUCUUGAAAGACAACCUGGACAAGAUUGUAGUGGUAGUUGGUGAUGAAGAAACUGACCUAGAAUUGUUUCCAACAUUUCUUUUGAAUUGCAACGUGAAAUUCGUAUGUGUUUUACAUGGAGGUUUCAACAUUUUGCUGCCAAUAUCUCCAACAAUUUUGGCAUCUCAAAACCACAUCAGCUGAUUGACAAUGAAGAAUUUGGAUUAAAAUGAUAUACAAAAAAUGGAAUCACCUCAAAAGGUAUAUGAUAUGGAUAUGAAUAGCAUUGUAAGAUCUCGCGCUGAGUAUAGUGGCAAAGAAGGGCCUAUAAGGUGCAUUUUCUUUUGUGAAUUUCAUCCUACUGCUGGGCCAAUUAUCUCCUGCCAGGUACCUGAAAAUUAUAUUUCAAAGGAGUUAUUUGACAGUAUUAGUGUGUACAUCAUUACCAAAGCAGAGCUACAAAGGAGCACUAUAACAGUAACACUCCAAGAUUAUAAAAUUCUUGGGUUUCCGGUCCGCAUAAAUGACAGAAAAUAUGCCAGAAAUGCAUACCACUUCAAUAUAUGUUUUGUUUGUGAUUGCAAUGCAAGGACUGUGCAGUAUGAAUCAGUUGUAGUCAAGUUGUCUGAUUACUUGGUUGCCAUGGAAAUGGAGAGAAAUUUUCUGUCAGAAGGAAAGACAAGCGCCAAUCUGCAACCAAUUCUGACACAAGUCAUGAAUGAUCUCAACACUAAAGGUGUCUAUUAUCUUCUCUAUACUCUUUUCUUUUCUAAUGUGCCAUUAUAAAAUAUCAAAGAAAAACAAUAUGACUCAUUUCAAGGUUACUGAAGCUGUAAAUACAAAUAGAAAAGACAUGCUCAAUUGUCCUAAAGCACUCCAAUUGUUAAACAUCAAAAUUUAUUGUUGCAGACUAUAGUAAAACUUCAGCAUCCCCAAAUGGGACUAUGUUAAUCAAAGUAGAGCAUUAUCACUUUUUUAUAGUUUUGCCUUAUCUAAAUUUCGAUAUCAGCCUCAAAAGUUAUAUUUUUUAUAUAGGAGAAUGUGCACUGACAUCAACACUAACAGAAGGUACAACAGCCACCCAUUUGAAGAUAUGUAGAAUAAGGUUGGAUCCAUCUCCUGUGAUGGACUAUCAAGUGCCUAUAUUUAUUAAAGAAUUACCUGAACAGCAGUGGGAUUUAACAACCCAACAAGUAAGCUGAUAUAAAAGGAAGUCUGUCUACAUGUAGAAAUGAGGCAUCACUCAGCAGAAGCAUAGUGUCAUUGAUCAACAUAUUUUACCUGUAGAUAACCUACCUAAUACAAUAUUCCAUUGUCAAAAAAAUUAUACAAGAUGAAAUAAGAUACCAUGUGUCAUCUAGGAGAAUUUGUCAUAGCUCUGUUUCUCCUCUCCAAAAUAACUAAAAAUCUACUUUUACAAUGUCAGGUUCUCAGAGAUGGUAGCCAACUGUAUACUCAUAUAUGCCCCUGUAGUUGGCCACAUCACCACCUAUGAAACACUAAUCUUUUCUAGGUAGAUUUCUAAUUAUUGCAGAGAGGAGAAAGAUAUCUGUGACAAAUUCUUAUAGCUGAUGCCAUGGUAACUCAUUUUGUCUUGAAUAAUGUUUCAGACAGUAUUCCUUAUGGUAGAAUAUGUCAAUCAAUGUUAGUGUUAACCUCUACUUGAUCUCAUUUUUCUAUAUCCCCUUUAAUAUCUAGGCAUACUGUAUAUCUUCUCUAUGUACAACAGAAUUAUUAGAGUAAGAGAAAAUAAAUUUUAUACUGUUUUCCAGGUAACACCAUACAUUGAUGGGUUUAACCAUGUUGCUAGAAUUGCAGCACUUUCCGAUGUAGAAAAUAAUCUUGUGAAGGCAUGUGUACAAAAUUUGGUAUACUAUGGUGUAGUUGCCAUGGUCCCUUUAUUUCAGUAUGGGAAUGUUUACUGUACUACUCCAAAGCUGAAAGAAUUAGCUCAGGAUCUUGAUUUACAGUCAAGGUGCUUGAACUAUGUAGCAAAAUCAAACAUCCAGUUGCCCUGUAUACGAGACGUAUUUCGGAUGUAUGCUGCUAUGACACGAGGCACCACUGUCAGAGAUCUGUGUAUGCGAUUUAACCCACCAAAUCUCAGAAUAAAUGAAAGGAAGCUGGUGCAGUUUGGGGUUCUGGAAGGCAUUAUUAGGAGGGUGAACAAAUACCCUGUCAUACUGAAUGAGCAGUCAGAUCUACAGAAAGUGUUCUCUGGCUUGUGUAGCCUUGAUGAGAUUUGCUGCAGCAUGGGAGCAUCUUCGCAGCAACUUGAAGAUCAGCUGGAAAGGGACCACAGUGUUGUAAUGUUGUGGAAAUGAUAAAACCUAUGAUGUGAGACUGUCUGUUGUAGAUACAUAGGCUGUGAUAAAUUUUGUAUAACGCUAGAAAUAUAUUUAAU